AUGUGGUGGCAUUGGUUUGUAAGAUUAAAAAAUGAAAUAGAUGAAAUAGUUUUAACAAUGAAACAAAUGAUAGCCAGGCCUGUAAGGAUGAUUCUACAUUGUUUUUGGUUGAUGAUUACAUUACAAGAAAAAACUUGGAUUGAAAAUGCUAAACAAUUAGCCGAACAAGAUAGAUUGAAUAAUGAUGAUGUUGGACCAAAUGACAUGAUUCAAGGAACAGCUCUAGCAUACGAAAUGACUCCACCAACGUUAGCAGUUCGUUCAGCAUUAAGAUUACAAUUCUGGAAAUUCUAUUGGAAUCAUCUACGUGAACAGAUUAGAUUAUCAAAAACACUUCCAGUCAGUCUUACAGAAACUGGUCAACCUGUACCAAACACCGCACAAUUGAUUCCAGUUGUAACAGAAAGUAUUGAUUUAUUGACUAAUUACAGAGAUGUUGAACCAAUUAAUUUACGUUCAUUAAUGAAACAUGGACGUUAUUUAGUAAUUAAUUUUGGUAGUUGUACAUGA